GCAAGAUGGAUUGCUCUGAAUAUGUUGUGCUCUGGUUAUGAUCAAGUGUUGGUGCAGCAACUCUUCAACCUUAUCAAUCAGCUGUUGCUAUAAUAACAGAUGUACAUCUGGGACUGUUUAUCAUUUUGUUUCUCAGAAGUUGAAGGUCUUUUUCUUAAAGUCAAAGCUGAAACAAAGCUUGUGUACAGGCCCCUUAUGUUGGCAAAUUGAUGGAAAAGGCCCCCUUAUAUUGGUAGAGCAGAAGAGGAUGGCAGGAGAGGGGUCCACAGUCAAUUGGAGUAUGCCUCCCAUAUUUGUAUCAUCUUUUACUUCAAAAGGGGUGGAUUUCAAUUUAUGGAUGAUGCAUUUUCAUGAGAAAUACAUACAAUUCUCUAUCUGGUUCAUAGCUUUGUACGGAUAUGGAAAAUAACCAGGUAAUACGGCCAACACAUUUCUAAUGAAUAUUGUCAAUGGUUUAAUAUCAUGCAGAUCCUUGUAUUUUUAUUUGGUGGCCUGAAAUUCUUAUUCUUUGAUGGUGUGGAUGUGGAUGUCAUUGUAAAGAGAGGAAAACAGGGAUGGGUAGUAGAAAAUACAUGGUGUACGCACGAUAAUAACCUUCGGACGUCCGUAUAGGAGAAAAUCUGUUUGAUUCCCAAAUGAUUUAUUAUUUUG